GCGGUCACCCUGUGGUUCCGCAGAUAAAGUCACCAUCGUUAUUCUGUGUUUAUUCCUUCCAAGAGUCGCCCGAAUAGGGAACGCACAAAUAUAAAGAGCGAAACUUAGAAGAAGAAUAAAGAUGGCUACUGGCGUUGCUCCAGUCAAUAGAGGAUUCUCUGGUAGCAUGCCUACAACACUCAACACAGCUGGUCAAACACCGAGCGGAAAAAGAAAAGGCGUUGAUACUGCAAAAUCAAAGAAAGGUUUUAUCAUUGCAGGGGCGAUUGCAGUUGGUAUUGUCAUUGUUAUUACCAUUGCAGUUGUAGCGUGGCACUUCACCAAACCAGUUGAUGGAGGCUUCUCUAGCUGGUCUUCAGUGGGACCUUGUUCCAAGACCUGUGGUGGUGGAACAAGACAACGGACGCGCAAAUGUGACAAUCCUGAACCAAAAAGAGGUGGAAAAAAAUGCGUUGGGGCUGCGACAGACGUUCAGUUUUGUGCAAAUAUGAUCUGCCCAGGUUCUGCUGGUAUUGCCCAAACUCAGCAACUUGUUCAAGACAUCAUUCUCAAUUAUCAAAUCAAGCAAUCAAACCAAACACAAGUGUCAGGUCGUUUCCAGAAGGCCAUAUUUGCAAUGCAAAGAGAGGUUGCAAAUGAGCAGGCAUUUGAUUACAUCGACGAGGGAACUAAACGCACUAAGCGAGACACGGCUGGCCUCACCUCAUUUGAUGUCUAUUCUAAGAGGCGCACGCUAGAAGAAAGGUUUGACGACAUGAAGAAAAUAAUUAAGAUCGCUGCUAAUCGAACAAGCAAGGACUUUGCAAGAUCAGUCUUUGCAAAGAGUUUAUACGUAUUUAUCAAGAAAAAGAUCAGCGAAGGUACCCCUAUUUCAAACAUGAGCAAAGCAGCAGAUGGUUAUCUCGAAUGGAUCAAAAAGGACAUUGGAAAAGAAAAUUUUGAUGAGCUAAUGCUGGCAACAGGUGGCGCUACAUUGAUGUUUGCAAUUGACACAACUGGAAGCAUGAGUGAAGAAAUCAAUGCCGCAAAAGAAAUAGCAAUUUCUAUCGUGAACAGGAAAAGGCAGUUUCCAGUGGAUUACAUUCUGUCACCCUUUAAUGAUCCAAGCACGGGGCCUGUAACGUAUAUGAGCGAGCAAGAAAGAGACGACUUUGUAUUGGCAAUAAGACGCCUCUACGCCCGAGGAGGAGGUGACUGCCCGGAGCUGGCCUUCACAGGUAUCCUUAAUGCUUUGAAGCAAGAACCCCAACUUGGAUCUCCGAUGUUUGUUUUUACGGAUGCCAGCGCAAAAGACAGCACAGCGGCAAAUAUAAACGAGGUCAAAAAAUACGCGGAAUAUUUCUCAGUGACCAUAAACUUUUUCAUGAAGAACAGCUGUGGAUCUGGAAUACCAGUUGGUUUUGACGAGGUUGCCUCGCACACAUCAGGUCAAAUAUUCCCGCUAAAAACAGACAGUGAAAUACAGCGAUUCAAGGACUAUGUGGAGGACUCUUUGAAGGACAGCGUUGUCAUCCACGAAGGAAAAGACGGUUCAGAUGUGUUCAUUACUCUAGAUGGAGAAAUAACUACAUUGCUGAUAUCUCUUGAAGUGAAGCAGGCAGGCCAAGCUAAGUUUGUGAAGCUGGUGGAUCCAGUUGGCAGACCUCUACCUCCUAUUCUUACUACCACGUACACAUGCAUCUUCAAGCAAGAAAAUCCGUUUCCAGGAACAUGGCAUCUCAAGUAUCCUGCUGGGGUUGACAUCAAGUCCUACGUUGCAAAGUCAGCUGGAAACAACACUGUCGAUUUCAAGCCAUAUUUUCUUCACAGUGAAAGUGAGAUAGCAGAUGAUAGCCGGCCUGUUUUAUCCGUUCCGCAUCCAGUGAGAGGUAAGAAUACUACAACUAUGCUCCAAGUAGCUGGGGCAAAGUUGCUGGAUUACGAAAGUUUGCUCAUAGACAUAUUAAGUGAAGGUGGAAGGGUGCUACAAGAAGAUGUUAACAUCUUGAAAUCUGGUGGCGGCGAAGGAAUUCUUAAAAGCGUUAUCAAAACACCCAAUGGGAAGUUCAAAAUAAAAUUGAAAGGAAAAUUGUCUAAUGGCCAAAACUUCACAAGGAUGUCGCAACUUUCUUUCCUUGCAUCAAAUAUUGUCAUGGUUACAAUAAGAGCUGGAAACGAUUACACGGCCACAGUCAGAAACAGAACAGCCCCAAUCAAGGUCUACUUCUUCAGCAACGGAGAUAAAACAAAGUACAGUCUCACCGUAUCGACAAAUUUUGGCUUUGUCAGUGCAAGUACGUCAAACUUUGAGCUGGCCAAAGGGGCCAACACUACCAUAAGCCUUACACAUACCCUGCCGUUUAAUGCACCUUCUCUUGUUGGCAAGCUGGUGAAAAUCACAGUCAAAACAUCCUCUUAUCGAGUCAUGGACACCAAAGAACAUCAGAUACAAAUGAUGUACGUUCCCUGAUUUCAAUUGAACCAUGGAGUAGUUGAAUUUGAUGCACGAAAGACGAAUCACUGGUCAUGUUCUUACAUAAUUAUAAGUGGCUAAUCUGACAAUAUAUGCAUAAAUAAAUCAAGCACCUUAGUGUAAAACUUAGCACAAACAGUCCUUUAACUAAGGCCAAUAUUCAAAGAUUGUUGAAAAUUGAAUAGACAAAAUUUAUUUUGAUGAAUAGGAGUAGAGGAAACACCUUGUAUGAUAAAAGUUGCAAGAAGCUAUGUACGAAAUAUUAUCAUGAAUAGAACUGAAGUUGCAUAGAAAUUGGAGGGAGAUCGAAGUGGGCUGGGUGUGUAAAUGAGGCCCAAGCAAAUGAAAUAAAGAAAAAUUUUCGUAACUUCAACUGAAUCGGCAAUUGUGAAGAUGUCACGGCAAAAAAGAGAUCCAUUAGCAACCAGUUUUGUAAAAAACAUAUAACGGCUCUAUAAACAAAACACUGUAUUGGGCUAUCUCGCAUACAAUUGGUAGUUACUGUGCAAAGUUGUCUCACGAUUACCUUCGAAAAAGAAGACAGGUCCCUCCAAGGAGAAAUCGUCCUUUGAGAAAGUUAUAAAAUAAAAAUAUUUUGUGUUUAUAUGCUCCAAUUAUGCAAUAAAAAUAUCUGAAACUCAGCUAAUUACUCCAUUUUAAUUAAUCACGUUUCUAAUUACAAUUAGCGUUAGAACAAUUUUUGUAUUGCACUAAAUGGUAAAUACUUGCAUUAAGUCUAAAUGCAACUGUGUAGUAACUACUUUUGGAGUUUUCUUUUUAA